UUGCUUAAUUUUAAAGUUAAUAAUUCAAAACCUAGCGUAGCUUAUACAAAGCUGUAUUCUGUAUGUGUACACAUCCGUGCAUAAAUACCGAUCACAUGAACUCACACUUUCUUCAUCCACUACACUCAAAUCUAAUCAAUUACAUAAACUAGAAAAACGAUGAAUCCUAUGUUUUACUUCCUUAUUGCCUUAACCGCGGUUUUAGCUGCGACAGCAAACGCAGGCGGACCAGUUCUCGACAUUGAUGAUGAAAUCAUAUUCGACGGUAGUUACUACGUUAUCCCCGCCUUCUUCGGCGCUGACGGUGGCGGCCUCACUCUUUCCCCCCUUGGUAACAAGCAAUGUCCCCUCUAUAUCGGGCAGAAAGCUUCAGACGCCAACAUGGGCAUUCCCGUAAGAUUCUCAAACUGGAAGUCUAGAGUUGGGUUUGUUCCCGAGUCAGAGAACCUUAACAUCGAGAUGGAUGUCAAAGCUACGAUCUGCGUUCAGUCAACCUAUUGGUGGGUCGCUGCAUCCGGCAUGCCCAUUGUGGAGACUUUAAUAGCGGCUGGACCUAAGCCAGAACCUAGAAAAGAUUCGUCGAAGAGUUUCUUCCAGGUCAAGAAAAAUGAAGAUUUUUUUCGUGGCUAUAAUAUUGUGUUUUGUCCUAAUGAUAAAGACUGCAUCGAUGUCGGGGUAUUUGUGGACAAAGAUGGCGUUCGGCGUUUGACUUUAAGCUCCACGCCAUUCCCGGUUAUGUUCGUGGGCGCUACUGAGACAGAGACUUUGUCCAAGACUAUGUCUAUUAUCUGAGAGAAAUUAACGACUACAUAAUUAAGAAGAUUAGAGUAAUAACUUACUACUAUAAUAAAACGCUAUCUGAUUUCUUCGUAUCUUUUUCAUCAACCUUCAUAUAUGGAAUAAAAGAAAUUUUCUUUGUUUCUUA